GAAAGCCAGAGAUACAAAAAAAAAAAGAAUGUGAACAAAUCCAUAGGGACUGAAACUGAAUAAUCAUUUGUAUUUUUCUCUUUUAAGAAAUUACAAUGUCUUCUAGCAGACUGGGGCUCCGUUUGGCUGCCUGUUUACUAAACAUUUCUGAAGCCAGAAGAAAAAACGUAGUUGAGAAAAUAGCAAAAGCUGCUCUUUUUGAAGAAAAUGGAAAAGAAUAUUCCCAAGUUACAGUGCUCAACAUAUUUUCUGAUCACAAUUACAACAGAUCAGUUAUUACAAUAGCAGCAACUAUUGAGAAGCUGGGCAGCUCUGUUCUUGCUGCAUGUGUGGAAGCUUUCCAGGUGAUUGACAUGGAGGUUCAAGAAGGAAUUCAUCCUUGCCUUGGAGCAGUGGACCUCAUUCCCAUUUACCCUCUUUCAGGGGUAGGAGUAGAAGAGUGUGGAAUGGUGGCCAGAAGCUUAGCUGAAAAGCUGACAGUUCAUGUGCCUGGUUGCAGUGUGUUUCUUUUUGGGGAAGCUGACCAACCGGAGAAACGGAGCCUUGUCCAAAGACGGAAGCAGCUGGGCUGGUUCUCAAGGAGGGAAUUCAGUUCUCUUAAACCUGAUAUAGGAACUACACCUAACAAAAGAUGUGGCUUGACAGGGCUCACUUGGACCAGUUGCAAAGAAUACCUUUACUCCUGACAUCCUAGAU